AGAGAGGCGAUUUCCACAGCUAGGGUGUGGAGGACUUGGUGCCCCGGACGGCCUCAGUCCCUCCCAACUGCAGCACCGGUGCCAUGUCCCAGACCAGCUCGUAUCCCGGGAGGGGCUUGGCGGGGCGCUGGCUGUGUGGAGUCCAGUCCUGCCUGCUGCUUCACUCUGUGCCUCUCUCCGUGCUGCUGUGGCUGCUUCUGCUGCUGCUGGCCUCCCUCUUGCCCUCAGCCUGGCCAGCCAGCCCCCUCCCCCGGGAGGAGGAGAUCGUGUUUCCAGAGAAGCUCAACGGCAGUGUCCUGCCUGGCUCAGGCUCCCCUGCCAAGCUGCUGUACCGCUUGCCAGCCUUUGGGGAGACACUGCUAUUAGAGUUGGAGCAGGACCCCGGCGUGCAGGUGGAGGGGCUGACAGUGCAGUACCUGGGCCACGCGCCUGAGCUGUUGGGUGGGGCAGAGCCAGGUACCUACCUGACUGGCACCAUCAACGGAGAUCCGGAGUCGGUGGCAUCUUUGCAUUGGGAUGGGGGAGCUCUAUUAGGGGUGUUGCAGUACCAGGGGGCUGAACUUCACCUCCAGCCCCUGGAGGGAGGCACCCUCAACUCUGCUGGUGGGCCUGAAGCUCACAUCCUACGUCGGAAGAGUCCUGCCAGCGGCCAGGGUCCCAUGUGCAACGUCAAGGCUCCUCCUGGGAGCCCCAGCCCCAGUCCCCGAAGAGCCAAGCGCUUUGCUUCACUGAGUAGAUUCGUGGAGACCCUGGUGGUGGCAGAUGACAAGAUGGCAGCAUUUCAUGGUGCAGGACUAAAGCGCUACCUGCUGACAGUUAUGGCGGCAGCAGCCAAGGCCUUCAAGCACCCAAGCAUCCGCAACCCUGUCAGCUUGGUGGUGACUCGGCUAGUGAUUCUGGGGUCAGGCGAAGAGGGACCCCAAGUAGGCCCCAGUGGCCAGACCCUACGCAGCUUCUGUGCCUGGCAGCGAGGCCUUAACACCCCUGAGGACUCGGACCCUGAUCACUUUGACACAGCAAUUCUGUUUACCCGUCAGGAUCUAUGUGGGGUCUCCACCUGUGACACUUUAGGUAUGGCUGAUGUGGGUACUGUGUGUGACACAGCUCGGAGCUGUGCUAUUGUAGAGGAUGAUGGGCUCCAGUCAGCCUUCACUGCUGCUCAUGAACUGGGCCAUGUCUUCAAUAUGCUCCAUGACAACUCCAAGCCGUGUGUCAGUUUGAAUGGUCAUGGGAGCGCCUCCCGCCAUGUCAUGGCUCCUGUCAUGGCUCAUGUGGAUCCUGAGGAGCCCUGGUCCCCCUGCAGUGCUCAUUUCAUCACUGAGUUCCUGGACAAUGGCUAUGGACACUGUCUCUUAGACAAGCCAGAGGCUCCCCUCCAUCUGCCCGUGACUUUUCCUGGCAAGGACUAUGAUGCUGAUCGCCAGUGCCAGCUGACCUUUGGGCCUGACUCACACCAUUGUCCACAACUGCCACCACCCUGUGCAGCCCUCUGGUGCUCUGGUCACCUCAAUGGCCACGCCAUGUGCCAAACCAAGCACUCACCCUGGGCUGAUGGCACCCCCUGUGGGCCCACACAAGCCUGCAUGGGUGGCCGCUGCCUUCAUGUGGACCAGCUCAAGGACUUCAAUAUUCCACAAGCUGGUGGCUGGGGUCCCUGGGGACCAUGGGGCGACUGCUCUCGGAGCUGUGGGGGUGGUGUCCAGUUUUCCUCUCGUGACUGCACAAGACCUGUCCCCCGAAAUGGUGGGAAGUACUGUGAGGGCCGCCGUACCCGCUUCCGCUCCUGCAACACGGAGAACUGCCCAGCGGGCUCAGCCUUGACCUUCCGUGAGGAGCAGUGUGCUGCCUACAACCACCGCACUGACCUCUUCAAGAGCUUCCCAGGACCCAUGGACUGGGUCCCUCGGUACACAGGUGUGGCCCCCCGGGACCAGUGCAAACUCACCUGCCAGGCCCGGGCACUGGGCUACUACUAUGUGCUGGAGCCACGGGUGGUAGAUGGGACCCCUUGCUCCCCAGACAGCUCCUCAGUCUGUGUCCAGGGCCGCUGCAUCCAUGCUGGCUGUGACCGCAUCAUUGGCUCCAAAAAGAAGUUUGACAAAUGCAUGGUGUGCGGUGGGGAUGGUUCUGGCUGCAGCAAGCAGUCAGGCUCCUUCAGAAAAUUCAGGUAUGGAUACAGUGAUGUGGUCACUAUCCCUGCAGGGGCCACACAUAUCAUUGUCCGGCAACAGGGAGGGCAUGGUCCCCGGAGCAUCUACCUGGCCCUGAAGCUUCCAGAUGGCUCCUAUGCCCUCAAUGGUGAAUACACGCUGAUGCCCUCCCCCACAGACGUGGUACUGCCUGGAGCAGUCAGCUUGCGCUACAGUGGGGCCACUGCAGCCUCAGAGACACUGUCAGGCCACGGGCCGCUGGCCCAGCCCUUGACACUGCAAGUCCUGGUAGCUGGCGACCCACAGAAUGCACGCCUCCGAUACAGCUUCUUUGUUCCACGUCCUGUCCCUUCGACACCACGCCCCCCUCCCCAGGACUGGCUACACCGCCGGGCACAGAUUCUGGAAAUCCUUCGGCGGCGCUCCUGGGCAGGCAGAAAAUAA